AAGACCGAAUCCAGGGUAGGAAGGAACCAGAAAAGCUUGUAAGUUGCCUCCCACUUAACACCUCAGAAAUGUGGACGUCUUCAAGCUGACUGCUGCUGUCUGACACCAUGCUCAGAAAUUCCUACAAACACGUCAUGGAAAGGAAAAUUUCCACCAAAGCAGCCGUGUUAGUGUUCACAGUGGGCUUCGGGGCUGUUUACCUGUCAUUUUUUGAGCCUUUCGUUGGCAUUAAACCCACUUUCCUUCAAAUUAACUUAAGGAAGCAGAAGAAUGACACAACGCCAGCCAAUCGAAGCGCUACAAAUACACACUUGUGGAAAUGUGAAAGGGACAAUUCUGUCACCAACAUCUCCGGCUUCAACUCUUUACCCGGGCAUUUGAAAGACUUUCUGCACUAUCAAAGCUGUCGGCAUUUCCCCAUGUUACUGGACCUCCCAGACAAAUGUGGAGGACCUGAAGGUUCUGCAGAUGUCUUCCUGCUCCUGGUCAUCAAGACCUUACCGGUGAACUACGACCGCAGAGAGGUGCUGCGUAACACCUGGGCCAAGGAGAGACUUCAGAACGGAGUAUGGAUCCGGAGGAUCUUCAUCUCGGGAACGAUGGAUAGUGGCUACGAGAAGAAGAAGUUAAACAGACUGCUUAAAAUGGAGCAACACAAGUACAACGACAUCCUCCAGUGGGACUUCCACGACUCCUUCUUCAACCUCACCUUGAAGCAGAUUCUCUUCCUGGAGUGGAUGGAGACAAACUGUCCUCAUGUUCGCUUCCUCCUAAACGGAGACGAUGAUGUCUUUGCCAACACAGACAACAUGGUAGUGUACCUCCAAAGCCUGCCUGGCAACAACGGAAGCAAACAUCUCUUUGCCGGUGACGUGAUCUACAACCCCGGACCGAUCCGAAAUCCACACAGCAAAUAUUACAUACCUGUGCAGGUUUAUAAAUCCAACAGGUACCCCGCCUACUGCGGCGGCGGGGGCUUUCUUUUGUCUGGCUAUUCAGCUUCAGUCAUUUACAAGAUGUCGCACUCCAUCCCCCUUCUCCCCAUUGAUGAUGUAUACAUAGCAAUGUGCUUGGAAAAGGCCGGACUUCAUCCAAAACCCCACUUGGGCAUCAAAACAGCCGGACUCCGCAUUCCCGACAGAAAAGCCGACCCGUACGACCCCUGCUUCUACAGGGAUAUGCUUCUGGUCCACAGAUUCCUGUCGGUCAACAUGUAUGUCAUGUGGCAGAGUUUACACCAGCCGCAUAUUAACUGCUCGCUCACCACUAAAAUGUAGGGCUGUGCAAACAAGUGCCAUGUGAAAACACAGAAUGUGUUCUGCUAUCAUAUCAGCUUCUUAAUGCAGCUUAUUUAUUUAAUGGUACCAAUGGGUGUAGACAGAAUCCUUACUCAGCAUUAUGUAACUUAGCACAAUGAAAAAUAUGACACUUUAAAGAAUGUGCAAAGCUUGUCCCAAUGUGUUAAACUGCACCCCUUCACAGUUUAGCAAAGUGUUGCAACUUUUGUACAAAAAAA